AUGAGCAACAUACUCGAACACACAUCAUCCGCUGCCCAUCAAGCCACCCCAGUCAGUGCGGCUCAUGCUCCCUCUCUUCCCUCGGAUACCUCACCAAAGUCCACCAACUCCACGGAAGAAGAACCACUAGUUCUGACGCCCGAAGAAGUUGAGGCUUUGCGUCUAUACUCAGCAUCGGUGAAAAACUUCACCUAUCGCUUGUUCGAGAACUUCAAGGACGAACUCGAACGUCGUGAAAAAGGUCGUUCAGCCUCCCCUCCUCCACCGCGAAAGUAUCCAAGACGGACUUCGCCUCCGAUGCAAUUCCCCGAAGGUACUGGCCUUUGA